GUAUUGUCUCGUGCUAGAAGGCUCGCUGUCAUUCACUGUGCGCGGACUGACGCAGUGACGCACAGGUGAAUUUAUCUAAAAUAUAAUGUUUAGUCGCGCAUUAUUGUGACCAACUGACUGUGAGACGUUUGAAGGAAAGGGUGUGUAUCGGUAUCAGUGCAGCCAUGCUGUCCAGAUUAAGCGUGAGUGUGAGGCCGUGCGUGAGCGUGUGCCGAUGGGUUCACACUAAAGAGAAGGGGAAACCGCUCAUGCUCAACCCACGUACCAACAAGGGCAUGGCCUUCACUCUGAAGGAACGGCAGAUUUUGGGCAUUCAUGGUCUGUUGCCACCGAAGAUUGAGACGCAGGACACUCAGGCUAUGCGCUUCCAGAAGAACCUGAAGAAGAUGUCCGACCCCCUGCAGAAGUACAUCUAUCUGAUGGGGAUUCAGGAGAGGAACGAGCGUCUCUUCUACCGCGUGCUGAUGGAAGACAUCGAGGCUCUCAUGCCCAUUGUCUACACGCCUACUGUUGGUCUCGCAUGUACUCAGUAUGGACAUAUCUUCAGGCGGCCCAAAGGUCUAUUUAUCUCCAUUAAGGACCAAGGACAUGUUCGUUCCAUAUUGGAUAAUUGGCCAGAAACCACUGUCAAGGCUGUUGUGGUGACUGAUGGUGAGCGUAUCCUGGGUCUGGGUGAUCUGGGAGUGUAUGGGAUGGGUAUUCCUGUAGGAAAGCUGUGUCUUUAUACAGCCUGUGCUGGAAUCCGGCCUGAAAGUUGUCUGCCAGUCUGCAUUGAUGUAGGCACUGAUAACGAGAAGUUACUGAGGGACCCGUUCUACAUGGGUCUGUAUCAGCGGCGUGACCGCUCCCAGCGCUACGACGAUCUCAUAGACGAGUUCAUGGAGGCUGUGGUGGGUAAGUACGGACAGGACACCCUCAUACAAUUUGAGGACUUCGGAAAUCACAACGCCUUCCGAUUCCUGAAGAAAUACCGUGAGAAGUACUGCACCUUCAAUGAUGACAUCCAGGGCACUGCAUCAGUAGCUCUGGCAGGUUUACUGGCAGCUCAGCGUGUUGUGGGGAAGCCAAUAACCGAACAUAAAGUUCUGUUUCUGGGAGCUGGAGAGGCUGCUCUGGGAAUCGCUAACCUAAUCGUGAUGUCGAUGAUUGAGGCGGGAAUGUCUCAGGCAGAAGCCAGAAAGAAAAUCUGGAUGUUUGACAAAUACGGUCUGUUAGUAAAGGGCAGAGCUUAUGAGACAGAUAGUAAUCAGGAGGCUUUUGUUCAUCCUGAUCCCGGGGACGUGAAAAGCUUCUUAGACGCUGUCAAUGUUAUUAAACCCACAGCCAUCAUCGGUGUGGCAGGUGCUGGCCGGCUCUUCUCUCAUGAUGUCAUCAGAGCAAUGGGCAGCUUGAACGAGCAUCCCAUAAUCUUCGCCCUCAGCAACCCGACUGCAAAGGCAGAGUGUACAGCUGAAGACGCCUACAGCCUCACACAGGGAAGGUGUUUGUUUGCCAGUGGCAGUCCGUUCGCACCUGUGUCACUAGAAGAUGGCAGAAUACUGACCCCUGGACAGGGCAACAAUGCUUAUAUAUUCCCAGGUGUAGCUCUGGCUGUUAUACUCAGUGGAGUGCGACACAUCAGUGAUACGGUCUUCCUUGAGGCUGCAAAGACGCUGGCGGAUCAGCUGACGGAUGAAGAGCUGAGUCAGGGCCGACUGUAUCCACCCCUGUCCAACAUCAGAGAGGUGUCACUGCAGAUGGCCAUCAAGGUAAUGGAGUACGUGUAUUCAAAGGGAAUGGCGUUUCGAUACCCAGAGCCUGUGGAUAAGGAAGCGUACAUCAGAUCGGUUGUGUGGAACACCAGCUACGAUUCAUUUCUGCCUGAGAUAUACGACUGGCCUGGGGUUUCUCACAGCCCUGUAGUAGACUAGACAAACACAGGAGAAAACACCAGACAGAGAGAAACAGAACAAAAACCAGGAAGUCUGAAGGGAGUUUUAGGCACUCCUUUUUUCUAGUAUUUAUUCAGAUUUCUCCCUUUGGUUAAAUUGCAGUUUCAGUUUAUGGAUGAAAUUUACAAAUCAUGUUCAUGUCUAGGAAACAUUUCACUCCAGAGUCCAAAUAAAUAUAUACUAAAUAAUAUUUUGCAUGAAGAAAAUGAAGCCUAUUUUAAUUAUUUUUAUCACAAUUAGGUACAUUUCUACCCAGAAAUGCACUGUGAAAUAUUUUAUUUACUUUUUAAUGUAUUUAUGCAUUAUAAUAUUUAGUUGUAUUUCCUGCCAUUCGUACAACACUUCUUCUCUCUGAUAUAGUAAAAAAAAAAAUUACAGUAAUGAGAAUCUAAUAAGCAACCAUUUAGAAUAAUAAGAAUUUACUGGAAAGUAAAAUGUCCAGGUCCAUUAUGGCAAUAAGAAUUUGGUUGUAAAUUUGCCCAAUUUUCAUUAAAAAAAUUAAAAAAAAAAAAUCGUAAUGUACUAAUUAGGCUUUAUUUGCUUUAUGCAAAAUAUAUUUGAUUUGAUUUUCUACAGUGUUUUCUACAGCCAUCACUCCAGUUUUGAGUUUUAUAGCGUGACUUGCCACUCCUCUCAGUUGUUUUUAUAUGCUGCGUGCAAUGAAACCUUUUCUAAAAUGAAGUCAUACUCCAUUUGUUUGUGUUUGUUUCUUGUUGUGUCUGUAACUUUCAUUCAAUUCAUAAAGAUCUGUUUAUUUCCUACUGAAGGAGGAAGUACAGGAUAUGAAGGACUAGCAGAGUUCAGUAUAUUGAACAAUAUUACAAUCGUUGCAUUAUGGCAUAUAUUUGUCACUGUGAGUCUUUAGGGCAUUUACCAGCAAAUAUUUACAUGCUUAGGAUAACCAGCUUACUGUACAUUAUUCGUCUUAGUACACAGCCACUUCCCAAAUAAAUCAAUACAUGGACAUUAAAUAUUGAUUUAAGUUCAAAUUAUGUGAAAAAAAAGAACAUGGAGAGAAAUUAGAAAUAUAGCACUAUCCCAGCUUACUAUCAAAUCUCAUUUCAUGCAACAGCAGUAAAUUAUAGUUAAAUAGUCAAUAUAUUCAAAUAUUUGACUGCAGAAUAUUGUCCAUUAGAAAAAUAAAAGUACCAAAGUGCCUGCUAUUACAUCUUCAUACGCUCACUGCACGUCGUACAUUAUUUUAAAUGCGGUAGCCAAAGAUCACCAGAAGAACGCAUUAUCAUCAUUUACAGAAGUUUGAAAUCUGCACAGAGGAGGUUUUUUCUUUUGACAGCAUAUCGUACAAAAUACCUAGUGAACUCUUGUAUUCAGGACCAACACAGAGAUGUUUCAUUUGUCAGUCCUUUGACACUUUCGUUGUUGUGAUCAGUGUACACCUGUGAUGAUGCAGUUAAUGUUUUUGAACGCAGUCCUUCCUCACAUCUAGAAGUGAUGAGCAGGUGCAUUGUGGGUAGAGAUUAUUUUGCUAUGUGAUGCUGCUUUAAAGUCUGAACACUAGGAGCUGCUUAGAACCCAGUGUGCGCUGUUACAAGUGAAGAAUAAACAUUUGUACUUGAA